AUCUUUCUCUCUCAACACAUCAUCUUUCUGUUCGUCCUCUCAGCGACCGGCAGCGGAGAACCCUCUUCCUCAUCUCAGUCUCCCGGUACCGGCGUCUCCGGCACGAUGCGCGAUGGGUCAGGCGUGCGGACACGCGCUGCUUUGCCGUAACCAACAGUACCAGAACCCAGCGGCAUACGAACUACGUGGACAGCAAGUGUUCCUGAGAGCGGACGACACACCUGCUGGCUUACACUCCCUACAGGAUGCAUUGCUGCAGUUGGCCUCCGUUGUCGACUUCAACAGUCUUCAGGCGACCAUUAAAGACGUGCUGCGAGCCGUCCUGCCCAAUGUGGAGUGUGUGUUCGUGUAUCUGUUGGAGGCGGAGUCUCGACUGCGAUGUGACCAUCCGCCCCAUGAGGUCCCAGCAGAGGGCAGGCUCAGAGACGCGGUUGACCAGCGCAAGAGAGUCCAGUGUGCCGGUUUACCAUCAUCAGAACUUCAAGAUAAACACAUGAGCGCGCUGACCGCCCCGCUAGCGCCGGAUAAACGAGUGCUCAUCAUGCCGUUAGUUGACUGUGAUGAGGGGAUGGUUAUAUCUCUGAUUUUGCUGUGCUGUAAAAUGCUGACAGAACAAGACGAAAAAAACCUGUCUAUUUUGGAAAAACACCUCACCGUAGCAUGUAAGCGAGUGAGAGACGUGCAGAGAUGCUCCAAACGGACACACGCUCUUUCCCACAAUGCACCGUUGGAGCCGAAGCCCAGCUCACCACCUGAAGACUACAGAGAACUUGACCGCAAGAUACUGCAGCUGUGUGGUGAACUGUACGAUUUGGAUGCCGCAUCUUUACAGUUAAAAGUCAUUCAUUAUUUACAGACAGAAACUCAGUCUCAGUGCGGCUGUUUACUGCUCGUGUCUGAAGAUAAUCAUCAGCUCUUCUGUCAGGUUGUUGGUGAUAAAGUUUUAGAAGAAGAAAUCAGUUUUCCACUCAUGUUUGGGCGGUUUGGGCAGGUGGUUGAGACAAAGAAAUCUAUUACACUACAGGAUGUGAGUCAGGAGGAACGGGGUUUAUUGAGCAGUUUGUUGGGGUUCAAGCCGAACUCAAUGCUGUGUGUGCCUGUGAUCAGUCAAGCCACUGGACAGGUGGUGGCGCUAGCGUGCACCUUCAACAAGCUGGGAGGAAACAGGUACACGGAGGCCGAUGAACACGUGAUUCAACACUGUUUCUGUUACACGUCGACGGUUCUCACCAGCACACUCGCCUUUCAGAAAGAACAGAAGCUCAAGUUUGAGUGUCAGGCUCUGCUGCAAGUGGCUAAAAACCUCUUUACACACCUGGACGACGUGUCUGUAUUAUUACAGGAAAUCAUCGUUGAAGCCCGAAACCUGAGUGACGCUGAGAUUUGUUCUGUGUUCCUGUUGGAUCGAGUCAGUCAUGAACUUGUGGCCAAAGUGUUUGAUGGAGGAGUCGUGAGUGAUGACGAGAAGGAGUUUCGGAUCCCGGCGGAUCAGGGCAUCGCUGGGCACGUCGCCACCACUGGGAAAAUUCUCAAUAUCAAGGACGCGUAUUCUCACCCGCUGUUUUACCGCGGUGUGGACGACAGCACGGGCUUCCGAACACGCAACAUCCUCUGCUUCCCCAUUAAAGAUGAGAACGGAGAAGUGAUCGGCGUUGCUGAGCUGGUGAACAAAACUAACGGGCCGUGGUUUAAUCGUUUCGAUGAAGAUCUGGCAACGGCGUUCUCCAUCUACUGCGGCAUCAGUAUCGCUCAUUCCCUCCUGUAUAAGAAGGUUCAUGAGGCUCAGUUCCGCAGUCAUCUGGCCAAUGAGAUGAUGAUGUAUCAUAUGAAGGUGUCAGAGGAGGAGGUCACUAAACUGCUGUAUAACAGCAUCGAGCCGGUCCAGAAAAUCCACCCGAGCUUCGCUGAGUUCACCUACACCCCCAGAUCGCUAUCCGACGACAGCACGCCCAUGGGCAUUCUGAGUAUGUUUGAAGACAUGGGCUUCAUAAACACAUAUAAGAUCGACCUGCACACACUGGCCAGGUUUUGUCUGAUGGUGAAGAAGGGCUACAGAGAUCCCCCAUAUCACAACUGGACACACGCUUUCUCCGUCUCACACUUCUGCUACCUGCUUUACAAGAACCUUCAACUAUCCAACUACCUCGAAGAUAUAGAGAUUCUGGCGCUCUUUGUGUCCUGCAUGUGUCACGAUUUGGACCAUCGAGGAACCACAAACUCCUUUCAGGUCGCAUCGCAAUCGGUGCUGGCGGGCCUGUACAGCUCAGAGGGAUCUGUGAUGGAGAGACAUCACUUCGCUCAGGCCAUCGCUAUACUCAACACACACGGCUGCAACAUCUUUGAGAAAUUCUCACGAAAGGACUAUCAGAGAAUGUUGGAUCUGAUUCGAGACAUCAUACUGGCCACAGAUUUGGCGCAUCACCUGAGAAUUUUCAAAGACCUGCAGAAAAUGGCUGAUGCUGGUUAUAACCCCAGGAGUCAAACUCAUCGCAGUCUGCUGCUGUGCCUGCUCAUGACCUCUUGUGACCUCUCGGAUCAGACCAAGGGCUGGAAGACCACCAGAAAGAUCGCGGAGUUGAUUUACAAAGAGUUCUUCUCUCAGGGAGAUUUGGAGAAGGCGAUGGGAAACAGACCGAGUGAGAUGAUGGAUCGGAGAAAGCGUACAUCCCUGAACUCCAGAUCAGCUUUAUGGAGCACAUCGCCAUGCCGAUAUAUAAGCUCCUGCAGGAGAUUUUCCCGCCGUGAACUAUACUGA